AUGGGAUUUUUGAGUGGUGUGCUUGGUGCGGUGAAGGAUGAUGAAGCGGUUAAAACGUACGAUAAAAGUGAUGAAAACAUUGAAAAAGUUAUUAACAAGUUAAAUAAUAAUAUUGGCUCCGGGCGUGCUGGGCUUGUGGAGUCUGUCGCCGCGGUGAAGAGGUGGUUGGAGAAAUAUAAUUCCAAGGUUGAAGAGUUAACUACCGCAGUUACUGACAAAUUAGGUGAGUUAAGUAGUGGUCUUAAUGUUUCUACAGGUACAUAUUAUAAACAAGUUGCGAGUGGAUCGAACGAAACCUUGGAGAAGCAGCUAGAGACUUGGAACCACACUGUGCAUAGCAUUUAUAAUGCGUUGAAUGAUAUUGAAACCAAUCGAAUUAAUAUAUUACAUAUUGCAUUAAGAGAUAAGAUCAAAAACGAGUCUAGGCCGAUAAGGGAAAUUUUAAAAGCAUUACGCGACUCAACGCAGUUGGGCGCCUAUAAGAAUCAGAUUAAGUUGGUAGACGCGGUACUGGCAAAUGAAAAGAAAAAUAUGAGAACAUCAAUCGAGGUGGAAUAUUCAUCGUUGAGCAAAACCUUAGAAAGCGAAUAUCUGAAAAUUUGGGAAGAAAUAAGAAGUUUAAAUCACAGUAGAUCGACGCAUUUUCAGAACAUUUAUAAAUCAUUAGAAGAUGCUCAGAAGUUUUUGCAUCAGAGGUUUGACAAUGAUUAUAGAAAUAAACUUCGGUGGUAUUUGCGUCAGAUUCAAAAUGAGGUCGAUACAAUAUACGUGGCUUUACAACAAAACAAAUCUCAGCUUAUGCAGCUAGUAGCAAACGGCCAGCAGACGCUUUCGACUCUGAAAGGACACGUUGGAGAAUACGGAGUAAAAAAAAGUGGCGGCAAUGACUUAAAUACUAAUUGGGUUGAACUGAAAGGGAAGAUUACCGGACUUGUAAGUAGUGUCACGAACCAAACGUCCGGCCAUCUAAAAUUGAUUGCGAAAAACAUUGAAACGUAUGCCUAUAGGUUCGAGAAAAUGGGAUUCGGACCUACGGUGAACAAGUGGGUGGAAGAUAUUUGUGCAAAGGAACCGGUGAGUGGUCACAUCAAUGCUUAUGGUAACAUAAUGUAUACUACGAGGGUGACAUCCGCAAUUAGCCAAUAUAUCACAAAAAUAUCUGCUGCAUCCACUAACGCAGUUGAUUCUAAUGGAUGCGUUGAGAAAAAUUUGAAUAACAUUUCAAAAUUUCUUACCGCAUUCAUAGCUAAAGUGGAUCCAAGUCAGACUGCUGAAAUGGCAGGAAGCCUACAUUCCCAGUUGCAAACUCAGACCCCUUUUUCGCGUGCUGAUAAAAGCCGGCUGGAGCUUGCCGUAAAAGAAAUUUUAACCGCCCUCCACUCGAAGGCUGCGCAGAUUAAAACAGAACUUGAGCUGUUAACAACAGACAAACUCCAUACCGAUUAUAACCUCGGCAAGAGUGUGGAUGCGGCUAUAAGAAAUGUGGUAGCAAUAGAGUCGAGUCUCACCACGGAUUACGGGUUAAAAAUUACUCACGCAUUGGAGAAAUUGAAACAACCGAUCGAUACAUUUGUCACAUUGUUGGGAGAUACGGUGGGUGAUAGUGGCACUUUUAAGCAGAAGCUUGCAAAUGAGGCUAAUGGUCUCCAAAAAGUUAUUGAUGAUCUGUAUAAUCUUACGAAGGAAAACGACGACAACGGUAAGGACGGUGUUCUAAACCAGAAACAUAAAGCCAUGGAACAUACAAUGAAUGAGUUGAAAGGUGAAAUUAAUGAGAAACUUAAGGAUAUGGAAUUCAUUGUAUCCCAAUCGGAUCAAGCUUUAGUAGAGGCCGUACGAAAUCUCAGAAGUAUGUUCAAAGAAUCACACGAAAAGAAUCAAGUAUCAGCUAAGGUCCUCCGAUCUCAGCUUCUUUCCGCCGUCGACAGGGCUUUCAAUGAGAUCACCACCCAAGUUCGAUGUCUAUUUUCCGAGCAAAGGAUGGCAAAGCUAGAAUCGCUCCAGAAAUUCGUUGAUAGGCAAAAAUCAGAUAUAGCAAAGAUCAUAUUCAUAGAUAAAACGACUGGAAUUAAAGGUAUGAUAAAUGCUAUGAGUAGUAAAAUGAGUGAGUAUGUCGAUCCGCUUAUGUAUACCGAAUUACUCAUAUUCUCCAAAUAUUUACAUGACUACAUGGACCCUAUUAUGACGUAUAUUAAAGACCAAGUCACCGACCCAACCAAAACAGUAACCUCCCCCCCGCCCGCCGACCCAGCCAGCAAGCUAACCGAAAUCAAAGGUGACUUCGACAAAUUACUUGAACAUCUUCAUACUCAUAAUUCCACUCGUAAAUACAUCUAUGACCAUCCUUUCACCGUUAAACUCACCACCCUCAAAAACGCCACUAACGAUUUAUCCCCCUCCGCCUUCGCCAACCCCCGGCACCCGGAGCUGCUCGAUGCGGUCAAACAGGGGCUGGAGGGGUUUGUCGAGCAGAUGGAGCGGGUGUAUGUGAACGGGUAUGAUGGAGGGGAGGGGAUUGAGAAAUUAGGUAAAUUGGUUGAUAAUAAAGACAAAUUAACCGAUGACGGAAGAAAGUUGUCAAACAUUUUCCUCACCCUGCUUUACAUAUUAUGCAGCGAUCUGGAGACGUUGAAGAAGUACGGUGCGAGUGCGUGGAAAAAAAUUCAAAUAAAUCACACCACUGGGCUUGGAAUGUUCUUAGAUGAGCUGGGAUAUGAGGUUUCCAAAAAAGGCGAGCAGAACGGUGAAUUACAAGAUAAACCGAGUAGUCUUGGUUUUCAUAUUUUUAAAAACCUAAGCAGCACAAUUACAGCUGCCGAGGACAUAGAACACCUAAAAGGCUGUGAGUCGAAUAAAAAGUUCGGCACAAAUGUUACAAAGAAAACCGACAAGUUUGAUGUGGUCGAUCGUCUAGCCUGCCUGCUCACUCACUUGGAGCAGUAUUGCGACGUAUGCCACAUGACUCUCAACGCUAAAACUAGGACGCCUUGUAGCGUAUUCGAAAUGCUCUGCUGGUUCUCGGGACUGCCACAUACCCGCGUAUAUUCACAAAUGCGUGACAUUACGAUUCCCGAAAUCAUAGAUGAGCUGAAUAAGAACGAGAACAAAAAGGCAGACAGAGACGUCAUUGAAUUAGAGGCUGACGGAGCAGACGCCGCCGACUUUAAGGUGUCAGUCUCAUGGGUUGACCCAGCAUCCAAAUCACUAGAUGCCUACCCCAACAACGUAAUACACGGCAAAGUUCAUACAGCGCUCGACCUAUUAUGUGCCAAAUCUUAUGACGUUUUGUGCACUAUCGUUGGCACAGGCGACGCGUACACAAUGUACGGUGUGGAGUUCAACAAUAAUACACUAAAAUUACAAUACCCUUCUGACCCAGCCGCUUGCUUAGACUUGCUGCUUGCCAUCCUACGUAAGCUAUGGCCAGUCGUCCAGUUUCUUUAUAGGCAGUGCAGUACACCACCCGAAUAUUACGGCUGGUCCAAGUGCACAUACGGCAACAGCAUUCAAGCUUCGUGUUGGCAGUGUGGUAAGCAUUCGUCCGUUCAUCCAUCGCCAGACCACACUUGUUCCAGCACCUCGCCACUGCACCUCUACUUGACUGAUGGACUCAAGGGGAUGCUUCCUCACCAGGUCACCUCAGUUGGAUGUUCAUCGAAAUGUAACACGUGCCCGAAGAACCUUCCCGGCAUGCCGUGUAUAACACCUCUUGGAUUCACGACUUUCGCGGGAAGCACGAAGCUAGGUAAAGACCUAUGCAACGUGCUGGGCAAAUUGCUAAGCAACGUGCACACCACGGCGCUAUUCAGCCUGGUCCCCAGACCUCCUUCCACGUUGCCUGAACACUUCGGUUUCGUUUGUGCUUUGGUUAACGCUUGCUAUGAUACUAAUGUGAUAGGCAAUAAAGGCAUUAAAAUGUCCGUUGAAUCAUCGAUCGCAGACAAAUCCAUUAGCCUGUACAAUCAACCCAGCGACAUUACCGACGCACUUCGCAACGUUUACGGAGCUACCAAAACCGGUCAUACUGCCGAUCGUCAUAACGCCGAUCAAUCUGAUUUGUCAACAUUGACGAGAGAUGACACAUGUUCCGGUCUCGACGUCCGCUGCGCUCCAUACCUCUAUUCAUUAUCAUCUGACGCAUAUAAAUACGUCGCCAACAGACACGCUGACCUUUAUCUCUCGUGGUCCGUAUACCUGCCAUGGAAUUUCUGGAAUUAUCUCAACCGUCUGCUUGACGCCUUCCAGAGCAUUGACUGUAAAAGCUUUGGAUGUUCUGGAUUUUCUACCAUCCUAGGCAAGCAUGGCAUUGACCACAACUGCAAGUGCAAAGCAUUCACACGUUGUCGCGGUGUGCUGCCUACACUAUACCAAUACGGAUUCACGUUUGGAAAUUCCAAGAUGCUUCUAGAUGGUGCCACCAGAAGAUUUUGCAAUGAGUUCCGUACACAACUACACAACGUUCUUAAAUCUAAAUAUUUCAAAGACCUGUUCGACAAGUGCGACGAAUUUAUAUUCACCAUCAGGCAGCCGUUCAUAUGGCUCAAUGUCGCCCUCUGGUCACUAUCCCUCUUCUACCUCAUCUGCGUAAUGGUUGGCAGACUGGAUGUGCUGCAUAUCAAGUCACACCUGAGGAUACCGUCGUCGCACAAGAUAACGGCGCAGUCAUUGUUGGCUGCAGCGCAAGUCGGAAGGCUUGCCAAGAUAUCGUAUCUACAACCGUGA